CAUGACUUGGGUGUCUUUGUCAUCUUCAGGCAGGUUCCAGCAGUGGCCCAGAGCACAGAGUGUGCAUCAUCGACGAGAUGGGGAAGAUGGAGCUCUCCAGUCAGCCUUUCAUCCAGGCUGUUCGUCAGACACUGGCCACCCCAGGGACUGUCAUCCUGGGCAUGAUCCCAAUACUGAAAGGAAAACCGCUGGCCCUCGUGGAAGAAAUCAGAAACAGAAACGACGUUCAAGUGUUCAGUGUCACCAAGGAAAACAGAAACCAUCUUUUGCCGGAUAUUGUGACGUGUGUGCAGAGCGGCAGGAAGUGAAGACGGUUCGCGUCCCUGCGCUGUGCGCUUGAAGGAAUGUGCUGGUUCACACGGAGACUGGUGGGUGCUCCGCCUGUCAGAGAUUUACGCCUUCGGGCUUACCAAACCUUGUGGGCUUUUCCAGAGAAAGCCUGGCAGCUGUUUUCCAUAAAAUGUGUAAAAGCUCACAUUAGCCCGAGUGCUGGAUUGGCCCAACGAGGUGAGCCGUCCGCUGUGGCUUGUUUUUGCUGAAUGAUUUCUGUUUAUUUCCUCUUGCAGUUGUGCAUACGACUUUGGCAAAUUAUGAAAUGAGGAAUGGUUUUCAGAGUAUUAGAUGGGACUUGCCCCCAUUGAAGUUUGUAAGUGUGUUCCAGGGAAGGGGGAGAAGGGCGUUCGCUACCUAAUCAGUUUUUCCCGUUGUGAAAAUUAACCCCUCUCCAGGGGCAGCUUCGGCUCCCAGGCGUAGGAGUUAGUUUGUUUGU